GCGGUGAGCACGUAUAAGACGAAAGCUCGUGCAUAUGGUGAUGAUCUAGACGAUGUGGUCAUCAAUCAGAUCGACGAUUUCAAGACCAGAGUUGUUUCACGUGCCGCCUCCAUGGAGAUCGUUGCGAAGCUCACCGACAGCAAGCUGAUUCCAAACGAGAUGUUCAUGCGCACAGCGUGCUCCAAGGUCGGCAGCACCCUUCGCAAGUACGAGGUUCCCAGUGAUAGGAUCCACCCAGAGAUCGCGACCAGGGUGUAG